AUGGAUUUGCGUUCUGUGCUCAACACGUCUGACAAUGGCGAACGCGGCCGGCCGAAGGACCCCCCGACACCUCAGCAACAACAUCAAAGCCGCCCAGCCCAAAGUCCUACCCAGUAUGGAUAUCGUGAUUAUGGCCAGCAACCUCCUCAUCUAUCUCCCGGCAAGUCGAUAGGUCAAGACUAUCCCCGACACCCUCCUCACCAGCAAACACCCACUGCGUACCCGCCGCCGGGGCCAUACCAGGCCUCACCUGCACAGUAUCCGCCGCGUGCAUCGCAGUCUCUUCCUCAUCACUCGGGGCCUUUUCAUGAUGCGCGACCUCCCGGAGGCAUGUCCGCGCCUGCGCCCGCGCUCGCGCAGUCGCCGUACCGACCUACGCCUACCGCGACAAAUGCUCCGGGAGGCUCUACAGGAUAUCCUUUCCCUUCCUCCCAAGUUGUCCAAGAGAUGACCAGCCCCGACCAGCGGCAUCAUUACCCCCCCGGCCACUAUGUCCAGCAAUCGCAAAGCCAAGACGUCUAUGCACAAAGAGACGGCGCACACUCGUCUGGAAGUUAUGUGCAACAGCAUCAAGUCCCACAAACACCCCCGAUCAGCACGACUGCCGUCUCGUCACAACAAUUUUUACACCAACGAUCACAAUCUGCACAGUCUACGCCAACACCAACCUCUGCCCAUAGUCAACAACAUUUCGGCCCGCCACAUGCUCACGGCAGUCCUGUUCAGACUUCGCGCCCAAGCGUUGAGUAUCGACAACCUUCACAACCUCCCACACCUCUCGGACCGCCGCAAGCAAACAGUGUUCGGCCAGCACCUCCCCCACCGGGGAGUUUUCCACACCCGCCUAGUCCAUACCAGCAAAGAUUGACGACUAUGGGGAACGGGCCUCAACCGCAGUCACCCGCGUCAGCAAAUGCAACUUUGCGUCGGGUGUCAGGCCCAGGCCAUCAAGAACCUCUAGCAGCGGACCCUCACCAACGUUCCAAGUCUUUCCAGUCUCGAGAGCCUAGCCUGUCAAUUAGCCCCAGGACACGAGUAGCCUCCAUUGCCAGCAUUUCAGACCGAGCGGUGGCGUCCCCCGUGGACAUGGAGAAAAAAUCACUGUCGAUAUCCCAUAGCGCUGUGAUAGACUCAGAUCGCGCCGUCACCCCAGCGAAACGCAAAUUGGAUGACCGGAAUCUCAGUCCCAAGGAGCUGGAGCACAAGGAAACGCGCCCCCCGCCUGGUGAACCGAAUGGCGACCACGCGGACGGUACUCAACCUCCAUCAUCGCAGUCGGCACCGAGGAAAAAUCGCAUUCCCCGAGCGCAGUCACCGGUCUGGGCCCGGACUGUCCACUCACUCGGCGGAAAGAUGCCCAAUCAUGGCAACUUUGUCCUCCAGAAGCGCGCGCACUCACACAUCAAUGGGAAAGUAGAUGGAGGUAGUAAGGCUGAUAGGUCUAGUCGACAUGCUUCCCCUGAGGCUGCACGUACAUCAACAUCCACCGCUUCGAAGGCGGCUCCUGCCGUCGUAGAAACAGGACCACAGGAUAUUUUAGGGCCUUGGGAAGCUAGCAUAACCGGUGUCAAGCCGAUUGACGAGAUAUCAAAAACGGUAGCUGAUUUUGUCUACAUCCACGUCGUGAAUAACCCCGACAUCAAGGAGAUCACGAGCCGGGGCAUUGAAUUUGAGAUCGAAGCGAAGCUUGGUACACUCAUUGACAAGGACACCAACUUUCGUGUGGACAGACUGUUGGACACAGAGUGCGUUCUUCGUGACACGGGUAGAGUCGCGUUCAGAAGCAGCAUGACCGAGGCGCAUCACAAAGCAUUCAACGACUUCUUGAACCAGAUAGUCAUCCAGACAGAUCCACGCGCCCCAAACGGCACCAGUCGUGUUCAAGUUCACUACAAGCACCGGCGCGAAGUCGACCGGUACUUUGAACUCCCUCAAGAUCUGCAGAAUCGUCUGCCGGGGUGUGUGCGGUCCAGGCUAGGGUCUCGCGCCAGAAACGUCAAGGCCAGGGUCACAUAUGAUCAAAAGACUGGCCAGGCGCUCAACAAGAUAAUCAAGGCCAGAGUAGCGGACAUUGAUAUCCACAUGCCGACAAGUCCCAUGGACUGUAGACUCAGUAUCAAUCUAGAGAUGAACUGGGAUGGUCCGGUGGAAGAGCUGGAGCGGCUGGGGCCUACGCAAAACGACAAGACAUCAGACAGGCAAAAAGACCGCUUGAGUUACACUCAAGGGCAUUACCAAAUUGACCUGACACAGGUCACACUAUCAACAUUAGGUCCAUCAAGCACCCAAAAAAUGGAAAAGGAGCAUGAGCUCGAAAUUGAACUGGCGUCGGCGAUUGUCCUUGACCAGGGUGCGAAGGCCAUGGGCGGGGAGGCAAACCGCUACCAGGAACUUAUCGAGGGCUUCCUGGACAAUGUACGAGUGCUAGCGCGAAAGGGACGAGAUUUUGGACCGUGA